GGCACAGAAAUUGGUGUUUUAGCCAAGGCUUUCAUUGACCAGGGGAAACUCAUCCCAGAUGAUGUCAUGACUCGGUUGGCCCUUCAUGAGCUGAAAAAUCUCACGCAAUAUAGCUGGCUGUUGGAUGGUUUUCCAAGGACACUUCCACAGGCAGAAGCCUUAGAUAGAACUUAUCAGAUAGACACAGUGAUUAACCUGAAUGUGCCCUUUGAGGUCAUUAAACAACGCCUCACUGCUCGCUGGAUUCAUCCUGCCAGUGGCCGAGUCUACAACAUUGAGUUCAACCCUCCCAAAACUGUGGGCAUUGAUGAUCUGACUGGGGAGCCUCUGGUUCAGCGUGAGGAUGAUAAACCAGAGACGGUUGUCAAGAGACUAAAGGCUUAUGAAGCCCAAACGGAGCCAGUCCUGGAGUAUUACCAGAGAAAAGGGGUGUUGGAAACAUUCUCUGGAACAGAAACCAACAAGAUUUGGCCCCAUGUAUAUGCUUUUCUACAAACUAAAGUUCCACAAAUAAACCAGAAAGCUUCAGUUUCCCCAUGAGGAGAAAUGCGUGGAACUAGUAAGAUGGGCAGAGCCUCCUUGUCCUUGCAGUUAGAAGCUCCUUUUCCUAAGACUACAGCAUGUAGGAAUUAUAUGAAAAUUAUGUUACUUUUAUUUCUACUGAUUUUAUUCUGGAUACUAAGGAUGUGCCAAAUGAGUCAGCUACUAAGAUUCAUUUUUUGAAAUGAUCUAGUGUUUUAUCCAGUUAUCUUCCAUGGAUGUUCAAUUCAAAAACAUCAGAGCUAUCUAAAUUUUUAAAACAUCUGUUAAGGCAAAAUUAAAAGAGCAAUUGGUAGUAAUCUAACUUUUUGUUCAGUAAGAAUAAGUGUUUGAUAAACAUUCCUAUAUUUUUCUGGAAAAGUUUUUUUAAAAUUACAUGUCACUUGGGGAAAAUAUCUCAUGAGGUUUUUGCAUAGACUGAUGCCAAAAAAGACAUUUCCAGCACUGUGUAUUAUGGUUUUGUGAUGAGACACUAUAUACAAUUCCAGAAAAAAACUGUAUUAUCUUUGUUGCGAGAUACAAAUUCACUGCUGCCUUUACACUAAAAAAUGUAUAAUCUAGCCAUAUCUUGUUGUAUAACCUAGUCAUAUUUUGUUGUUACACAUACCUUCAGUUUACUCAGAAGUCUCAGUUUGCUAUAAAAAUGUAUCAAUUAGCAUAUAGGAAAAAUAUUGUUUUAAAAUUUGUUUUCUUUUGAAAAUACAUACAUACUGAGGGAUAUCACUUGUGUCAUAAAUGGACAUUAUAAGUUCUUGGGUAAGCACCAAAGUUGGAUGAAUUUUCAACAGAAAGAUGUUACUCAGAUUAAUAAAUGUUUUAGGAUUUA